CACACGCCUUCACACGCCUUCACACGCCUUCCGAGUUCACACCUGACUUCUCACGCCUUCACACGCCUCACACGCCUUCACACGCCUUCACACCUGACUUCACACGCCGCCGCCCGGCCUUCACACGCCUUCACACGCCGCCUCAGUUCACACCUGACUUCACACGCCUACACACGCCUUCACACGCCUUCACACCUGACUCAAGUUCACACGCCUUCACACGCCUUCACACCUGACUCCGAAGUUCACACCGGCGCCUUCACACGCCGCCUUCCGACACACCUGACUUCACACGCCUUCACACGCCUUCACACGCCUUCCGAAGUUCACACCUGA